AUGUCAGCUCCGGCAACCAAAGCACCGGUGGUCCGAAGCCAUUCCACGUCAUCUCGUCCCUCGAGGGCAACCUCGGAACUUCCUCAUCGAACACGGAGUGUGGCAGUCCGACCCUCUACUACAACCCAGCCUCCCCCGAGUCACUCUUCACAUUCGAAAACCUCCCAUGACAGACGCCCUCCCUCCAAUCACGCUCAACUCGAAAGUGUCGCCCGACGCGACUUAGAAGCGUCCAAUGUUGCGCGGGUGCCAUCUCGUCGUGAGGCGUCAUCCGACCGGUCUCAGGAACGCCCCUCAACCGCCCGCACCGAAAGUACCCGACGACACCAAAGAAACCCAUCAACCGGGGCCCGUCAAAGAGAUAGUGUCGAUAUGACGCCCAGUUCAAAUGUACCAGAGACAUCGCAGAAUGCGACCGGCUCGAAUGCCGCAGCUGCGACGGCCGCACCUCGCCGACGGACUACAAUUACGACACCGACAGGACAAUGGGCCCUGGGCAAAACGAUAGGCGCUGGAAGUAUGGGAAAAGUCAAACUAGCGAAAAACACAGAGACCGGGGAACAGGUCGCCAUCAAGAUUGUGCCACGACUUUCGACCGAGGAGCACCGUACUAGCCGGGAGACAGAGAGGGCCGACCGCUCAAAGGAAAUUCGGACGGCUCGAGAGGCCGCCAUCGUCAGUCUGGUGAACCACCCGUACAUCUGUGGAAUGCGGGAUGUUGUCCGAACGUCAUACCAUUGGUAUAUGUUGUUCGAAUAUGUCAACGGCGGGCAAAUGCUGGAUUACAUUAUCUCGCACGGCAAACUCAAAGAAAAACAGGCUCGCAAGUUCGCACGUCAAAUCGCCAGUGCAUUGGAUUACUGCCACCGCAACAGUAUCGUGCAUCGUGAUCUAAAAAUUGAGAACAUCCUGAUCAGCAAGACCGGCGAUAUCAAAAUCAUUGACUUUGGCCUUAGCAACUUGUUUUCUCCGAGAAGUCUCUUGAAGACCUUCUGUGGCAGUCUUUAUUUUGCUGCACCAGAGCUGCUGCAGGCCAGACAAUAUACCGGUCCCGAGGUCGACGUGUGGAGCUUCGGCAUUGUCCUCUACGUCUUGGUCUGCGGAAAGGUGCCAUUUGAUGACCAGAGCAUGCCUCAGUUGCACGCAAAGAUUAAGAAGGGUGCCGUGGAGUAUCCUCCGGGUCUGACCGCUGAAUGCCGUCACAUCAUCUCACGCAUGCUGGUCACCGAUCCCAAACAACGCGCUAGCUUAGCCGAAAUCAUGAACCAUCCCUGGAUGAACAAGGGCUUCAGUAACGCCCCAGAGAACUACCUACCCCAUCGCGAGCCUUUGCAGCUGCCCCUUGAUCAGGAGGUGAUUGAAAAGAUGACCGGCUUCGACUUUGGACCUCCUGAAUAUAUAACAGCUCAAUUAACAAAAGUUCUCGAGUCAGAGGACUACCACCAUGCAAUUCGUCUGAACUUCCGCGAACAACAACCUGUCUCCAACCACCCUGAGCGCAAGCGGGGAGUUUUCGAUUUUUAUAAAAGGCGAAACUCUGCCGCUAGCCGUGAUACACUCUCCGCCCCCUCAGCCGAGGCUGUGCAACUGGGCAAUGACCCCUUGAACGCCUACAGCCCGUUGAUAUCUACCUAUCAUCUCGUCAAAGAAAAGCUUGACCGGGAGCGAACAGAAGCGCGUCCUGGCGCCCUUGGCUUGCGCCAGACCCCCAGUGAAGUCCAUGUGGCUGACCUACGACCCCCAGAGGCUGCUCACACCAAUCAAUACCAGUUGGCAGGAGACAAAGAUACAGGUCGACGGUCUCGGCCGCGGGCCCGCACCCAUGGCGAAGAAGACGUCACCGAAGGAAUCAAGUCACACCAUGCUUCUUCGCCGUCUACACACGCAGUUCCAACCUCUCAGCCCGAUACUCCCGCAAAGAAAGAAAGCACUGCUGCUGGUAUCUUGAGGCGAUUCAGCACUCGCAGAAUCAAAGACCGCAGUCGCGAUGUCGAACGCGAACGAACCAGUACCCCUAAUACGCCCACACUCAAUGUCCAACCCCCUGCAGAUUCGGCAUCACCAAUGCACCGUGGCUUCAGUGUCAGAAGAACUCGACGGGGAGAGCCCUCUCCGGUCGGUACUUCUUCAAAUGACAGUCGUCCACAGCAAGAUCAUCUAGCAGCACCUGGUUCGGUUGAUCGUAACGCUCGGUCCAACAAGUUCUUGGAGAGGUCUACCAGUGUCAAUUCGGCGGAUUACCGACCCCGGCGGGCGGCGCGCAGAAGCGAUGCCGACGCACUGGAUGCUUCUCCAGACCCUCAAGAUCUUUCUGCUAGUGGCUCUGAUCAAGUCGGUGCCAAUGGCCAAAAGGAUGCUGCUCCCCCGCGUACCGGUGGACGUACACACACUGCACGCACUAUGUCGCUGGGUCAUGCUCGACGGGAGAGUAUUCAGGCUCGCCGAGCUCGGCGCGAGGCCACCCGAGAAGCCAAUGUACCUGAAGAGACGGACGCUGACAUAUCCGGUGCUGGAACAGCCCUGGAGAGUGCCAACGAGGGAGAGGACCUUUCCAAGCCCGUAUUCCUCAAGGGACUCUUCAGUGUCUCAACCACCAGCAGCAAACCAUUGCCGGUCAUUCGCGCUGACAUCAUCCGCGUCUUGCGACAACUCGCAGUCGAGUAUGUCGAGAUCAAGGGCGGGUUCAGCUGUCGCCACGCUCCCAGCAUCGACCUUGAUAAAGUGGUCGAUGUUGCCCCUCCUAGCCCCGAACGGCAGGGACCCACAUCUGGUCACCGCCGUCGCAUCAGUUUUGGCGGCCUACUCAACCACGAUGACAGCCGUGAUGACAGCCGCGCAGGAUCUUCCAAACUCCGACAUGCCCAAGCCGCGCCGGACCGCAGCUUCACCACUAACUCAGACGCAUCGGAAGAAUAUCUUGCGCGGGACAAUGGCACCGUGGGUGAACGUGUCGUCGGUGAGACCACUACUCGCGUGCAGAGCGAUACCGGUGAGAACCUGGUUCUCCGCUUCGAGAUCUUGAUUGUCAAGGUCCCGCUCUUCUCACUGCAUGGUAUUCAGUUCAAGAAAGUAUCAGGUGGUAUGUGGCAAUAUCGAGAGAUGGCGAAGAAGAUCCUCGAUGCCUUGAGGCUAUAA